AUGAAGUGGAGUAUAGGGAGGAAAGAGGCUGAGCUGUGCGGUGCUCCCCGAGCUCCUCCGCUCAGCCCCAGGGACGGAAAAUGGCCCCACGGGAACAGCGCGGAUCCCGGGCGCCCCUUCCAACCCCCGUGGGCUGCGGGGUCCGUGAGCAUCUCCCCAGAGAUCGGGGCCACCUCACGCCGCUCUGCCUCUGUUUGCAGCGGGUUCUUCGGCGAGCCGGACUCCUUUUCCAUGUACGGCAGCAACCGGGUGAAGAGGAGACCGUCGCCCUACGAGAUGGAGAUCACCGACGGUCCACACACGAAGGUGGUCCGCCGCAUUUUCACCAACAGCCGGGAGAGGUGGAGGCAACAGAACGUGAACGGAGCCUUCGCAGAGCUCCGCAAACUCAUCCCCACGCACCCGCCCGACAAAAAGCUGAGCAAGAAUGAGAUUUUGCGCCUGGCUAUGAAAUACAUCAACUUCCUGGCCAAGCUGCUCAACGACCAGGAGGAGGAAGGAAACCAAAGGGGUAAAGUGAACAAAGACUCGGGGAUAGUUCAGGAAGACCUCCUGCAGGACAUGCUGUCUCCGAACUCCAGCUGUGGAAGUUCUUUGGAUGGAGCAGCGAGCCCGGACAGCUUCACAGAGGAGCACGACACGCUCGACUCCAAGCACGCACGGAACCUGCACCAUGCCAUCCUCCCUGUCGAAGGCAGCGCGCAGCGGUGAUGACCCCAAAUCACUCCCCGAGCGCUCAGAGGGUGGCGAGACCCAGGCGGGUGGGAUUUGGGACCUUUGGCUCCCCGUCUGCUCGGCUCAGGUUGGCACGUUGGCCAACCGAAUGGGAUGGACGCUCGGUGUUUAGGUACGGGAUCGUACAAAGAAGAAAAGCGUUGAAGUCGUCUUCGUUGUACAUACUGACUCUGAGGAUGGGAGGGGAAUGCAGCCAGCGCCCCUCCAGCAUUCUGAGGGUUUUUUGGACCGCCUGAGGGUCACUUCUCAAGCAGUCUUGAGGCUGGGACAUGAGGAAUGAAACACAGGGCUGUGGAGCACAAGCAACUGGUCCGAGCCAUGCUCCCAUUGACCAAGACCUUCUGACUGUAUCUUUUUAAUGAGGUGAAAAAUGCCCUCAGCAAAAGAACUAUUAAAAGGAUUGAGACUUUC